AUGAGAAAGGCCCGAGCUGGCACAGGGCGAAGCUCUUCGAGCUCCCACGGCGCAGGUCUUCCACGCCACCUAGUAUGGGGACGACCAGAGCUUGAAAGCUCCAGUUCGGGAGAAGACCUCUUCAGCCCGUACGAAGGCAAGGAUCGCAGGACUGCACUGCCGGAGGAGCGGGUGCAGGAGCAUCGGCAAGAGGCUUCUGGCUCUCAGCAACUGCUGCAUGACUGCGAUGCUUCCAUUCCUUCCACCUCCACCAGCCUCACCGGGAGCUCGGACACCAAGAAGUCCUGCAAGGACGGGUUUUCCAUGCCAGCAUCGGUGGCCAAGGUGGAUGUGAAGGAUUUCUACUCGAAGUUGAAGGAAGUGGCAAAGCACACAUCUCCCAGCAGCAGGACAGCCUGGGACGCCGAUGCGAAGAAAGUGGCAGAACUGGCAACUCUCGACUUCGAGGAAGCGGAAGAGGAAGAACCUGAGGAAGAUGAGCCCGACGGUGAGUGGUCGGUGGGAUCCGAAAAGCACUCUGCCGGGCAGUGCAGGCCUUGCCAUUACGUCUUCUCGAAAAGUGGGUGCGCAAACGGUACAGCGUGCACAUUCUGUCAUUUGCCGCAUCCGAAGAGGUUCAGGCCGAGACCCUCCAAGUCCAAGCAGCACAAGUGUAAACGCCUGGCGGCCGUCCUGGACAAGGUGCAGGCUGAUGACCCUGACGGAUUUCAGAUCUUGGUGGAACAACUUGGUGCCCAAGGUGGAUACCUGAACACAGUGGUCAAAAGCAGGAUGAGAAGCCGCCAACAGAAGACUCAGGUUCCAGACCAGCCACGGGAAGCCCCGCGAGUGUUGAAGCCAGGGUUGGUGUCUUUGUGA